AUGUCUGGCCGUGGAAAGGGUGGCAAGGGUCUCGGAAAGGGCGGUGCCAAGCGUCAUCGCAAGAUUCUUCGUGACAACAUUCAGGGUAUAACAAAGCCUGCUAUCCGUCGUCUCGCCCGUCGUGGUGGUGUCAAGCGUAUCUCUGGUCUUAUCUACGAGGAGACCCGUGGUGUCCUUAAGAUCUUCCUUGAAAACGUCAUCCGUGACUCGGUAACAUACACUGAGCAUGCAAAGCGGAAAACUGUCACUGCCCUUGAUGUUGUUUACGCUCUGAAGCGCUCAGGGCGGACUCUGUACGGUUUCGGGGCAUAG